AUGUCGUUCGACGCGCUCUCGCCCCGUGAGGCCAUCGAGUCCGUGGUAAGGUCUGGAGUACAUAAAGGUAACAUGCGUUUAGACAAAGUAUUUUUAAGCUCUGUCUCCGCUGGUUGCUUGCUUUCCUUUGCCUGCGGCACUUCUUUAAGCACAAAUGCCUCCCCGUGGUACGCGGAUAAUGCCCCUGGGUUGAUUCGAACGAUCAGUGCCUUGGUAUUUCCUUACGGAUUGUGCAUGAUCAUCCUGACUGGUGCUGAUCUCUGCACUGGGUCAUUCAUGUACACGACCGUUGCGGCCUUGCAACGAAAGCUACCCUGGUGGAGAAUGUUGAUCCACUGGGUGGUCACCUUUCUUGGAAACUUGGCUGGGUCUUUGUUCAUGGUAGCCAUCCUCUUUGGCUAUGGUGGCGUCUUUGACGCCGAUCCAUUCAAAUCGACUGUCAUUGAAUAUGCGACAAAAAAGCAGGUUACUCCUGACUUUCACAUGAUAUUCUUGCGUGGUAUCGGGUGUAACUGGCUAGUUUGUUUGGCAUGCUUUUUGGGCCUGCAGGGACAUGACCUUGCAUCUAAGAUAAUGGGCAUCUGGUGGCCUAUUUUUGCUUUCGUGUCUCUUGGGUUUGACCAUGUUGUCGCUAACAUGACAUUUAUUCCCCUUGGUAUUUGGUUGGACACACCGGAAGUAACUGUUGGCUUGUAUAUUUGGAAGGGCAUCAUUCCCGCGCUGAUUGGAAACAUUCUCGGUGGCGGUCUGUUUUGUGGAACGUACUAUUGGUACAUGUAUCUUCUGGAUCUGAAUGCAGUCUCGAUUCCUGGUCUGAAAAAGGGUCGAGAUCAGGCACAGGUUAGUACUCCGGAGGCUUUCUCCAAAGAAAGAGAUAUUGAGGCAACUGCUGGAACCUCAAGCUCAACAUGA